GCCCGAGCCGCACCCGCCGCGGACGGAGCCCAUGCGCUGGGCGAGCCCAGUGCCCCGACCCCGGCCCCCGCCGCCGCCCCCGCCCCGGCCCCGGCCCCGGGGGCAGUCGUGCCAGUGAGCGGUGGGACAGGCGACCACUGCAGUGCCUUGUGCUGUGGUCCUUUGAGGAGCAAUGACGGAGUAUAAGCUCGUGGUGGUGGGCGCUGGAGGCGUGGGGAAGAGCGCCCUGACCAUCCAGCUCAUCCAGAACCACUUUGUGGAUGAGUACGAUCCCACCAUAGAGGACUCCUACCGGAAGCAAGUGGUCAUCGAUGGGGAGACGUGCCUGCUGGACAUCCUGGACACAGCGGGCCAGGAGGAGUACAGCGCCAUGCGGGACCAGUACAUGCGCACCGGGGAGGGCUUCCUUUGUGUGUUUGCCAUCAACAACGCCAAGUCCUUUGAGGACAUCCACCAGUACAGGGAGCAGAUCAAACGGGUGAAGGACUCGGACGAUGUGCCCAUGGUGCUGGUGGGGAACAAGUGUGAUCUGGCCGCACGCACCGUGGAGUCUCGGCAGGCCCAGGACCUCGCCCGCAGCUAUGGCAUCCCCUACAUCGAGACGUCGGCCAAGACGCGCCAGGGCGUGGAGGAUGCCUUCUACACGCUGGUGCGCGAGAUCCGGCAGCACAAGGCGCGCAAGCUGAGCCCGCCUGACGAGGGUGGCCCGGGCUGCCUGAGCUGCAGGUGCCUGCUCUCCUGACAGCGGCGUGGGCGCGGGCCGUGGAGGUGCUGGCUGAGACGCGGGCUGAGGACGCAGGGAAGGAAGGAAGUGCUGCCAGAGCCUGGCCAGCCCAGGUCGGUGGACAGAGUGACCGCGGGCCUCCCGGGACGCUUUGCACAGACUGUCAUGAACUGACGCCGGCGGCCCCCCGUUGUCACUCUCCUCCAGCCCCGUCCUGGCCCACUGGGCACAGGCUGAGUCGCAGUAAAUUAUUUCAUGUCUUGA